UAUUAGUUUUGUGGCCGCGGAACGUCCGAAAAUCGUGGGGAUCGGACGACUAUACACUGUCUACACUCGACCUGUCGACCGAACUCUGCUAGCCACCCCACCGAGCGCGGCACGAGAAAGCCUAUACCGCCGAGUGUAGUACCGCUACAGUUGCACUACUACUACUACUACCGCUACGACGACGGCGCUACAUAUUAUUACAUUAUUAUAUAUAUAUAUAUAUAUAUUGCUAUUACGAAACCGUUGUACUCGCCGCCGAAUGCCGAUAAAAGUGAUAUCGUCGGCCGAAUAAAACGUGUUUUCGCCGCAGCGUUAUCAAGAGUUUCCGCCGCCGACGUUUUAAUAACAAACUUAUAUAUUUACAUAAAUUGAUAUUUAUUAUUUUCAUUAUUAUUAUAUUAUAUUUUAUUGCCACUAUUAUUAUUAUUAUUAUUAUUAUUGUUUUUACCGAGCAAGUUCGUUGGCGCGUCCGCGUGUAUAGCGAGAAGUGACUAUAACGUUGUAGUAACUAGUGUACCUAUCGCGUAGUACGUUGUAGCCGCAUUCUUAAUAUCGCACCGUCGUCGUCUCCACGUCGUUGCCCGCGGUUCUCUAAAUCACAAAACGUUUUUCGCGUAUUAAUUUCGUUGCUAUUAUUAUUGUUUUUAGAUAAUCCAAGAUACAUAAUGUUAAAUUAAACACACAUUACAUUAUUAUUGUGAUGAUAUUAAGUCGUACGACGAAAUAGUUGUAGAAAAGGUAUACCUAAACUCGCGCGCGUGUUUACCUUCGGUAGUUUUGCGCAACAAAUACAUAUAUAUAUAUAUUUAUUAUAUAUAAUAUAUUCUUGAAGCGAUUGUCUGUACACGCAAUAACGUAUCUCUCUGCGUUAAUUUGAUUUACGCACAACUCGUUUUACCUGUUUUUACUUUUAUCAUUAUUUUCCUCGACCAGAACGGUCUUUUUGUAUUUUUUGUUAUUCCUCUUCCGCUGACUGCAUUAUGACUGACGCAUUUUUUGGCGGUAUCGAAGGGGGAGCAUCGGUUUCUACAGUUGUCUUAACCAAUGGCAACGCAGAUAUUUUAGCUGAACUUAAAGGAGAAGGCACGAACCCAUGGAUUCUUGGAAUUGAACCUUGCUUGUCUCGAGUUAAUGACUUAAUUAAAGAAGCUCUUAGGAAAGCUGAUCUUAAUGAAAAUACAAAAUUAAAUGGAUUGGGUUUGAGUUUAAGUGGAUGUGAAGAUCAAAUAUUCUGUAAAACAUUUGAAAGUAAAUUAAUAGAAUGUUAUCCAGACCUUACUGAUGAAGUAAUUGUUGUUAGUGAUACGUUGGCACCAAUCGCAUUAGCUUGUGAAUCAGGUGGAGCUGUUAUUAUCUCUGGUACUGGUUCAAAUAGUCUUUUAAUAAAUCCAGAUUCAUCAAUAAAACGAUGUGGAGGCUAUGGUCAUCUACUUGGUGAUGAAGGCAGCGCAUUUUGGAUAGCAUUCAAAAGUAUUAAAUUAUGCUUGGAUCAUUUGGAAGAUUUUAAUUAUGUUCCUAAUGGUUACUCAAUUGACAGAGUAUGGGAAGCAAUUAAAGAACAUUUUAAUAUUGAUAAAGUUCUAGAUUUGUUGAAUGUGUUUUAUGGCGAAAAAAAAGAAAAAUCAGAAAUAGCUAAAUUGUGUAAAACAAUAUCAGAACUAGCUGAAGAUGGAGAUGAACUAAGUCUGUGGAUCUUUAGUGAAGCUGGAAAGGAGUUAGCAAAGUUUAUACAAUCACUCUACCCGGGUGCCGAUAAAAUGUUACAUAAAGAAAAUGGUGGUCUGCAUGUGGUGUGUGUUGGUUCUGUAUGGAAAAGUUGGGGAUUGCUAAAAGAAGGAUUUAUGAAUCAACUUGAUCAUCAUCACAACUCGCAAGAAACCAUAGUAGACGAAUUUACCUUAUUGGUGCUUGAAAAGACUGUUGCUUUGGGUGGGGUGUAUCUCAUUGCAAAAAAAUUAAAUUAUAAUUUUCCGUAUGAUUAUGAACAUAACUAUAGAAUACUUUUCCAUUAUGUACAUGAUCGACAAAAUCAAUAAUACAUUAUUUGAAAUUAAAUCAAAAACAAAUGUGGCCGUACCAAUUUAAAAUGUAAUUAAUGGUUAUAAUCAUUUAAUGCCAUUGGAUCUUAGAUUGAUGGCUUCUGCUCAUUUUUUUUAUACUUGUUAUUUGAGCACUAUAUACAUUUUGUUAUAAUAAUUAUACUUUACUUAAUUUGUUAAUAGGUUAGAAUAUAUAUUUGAAUGCCAAACUAGUUUUUAGUAGUAACAAGUAACUUAGACUUAAGAAAAAUAUACACUGUCAAUUAACCAUUCUUUGUAUUCAUAUUAUUGUAUUUCAAAAUAGAUUAUGAUAAGUUAAUAAAAUAUUAACAAAAAGCACAAGUUUGGGGCCAAAUAGUUUUAUUGUUAAUUUUAUUUUAAUCAUUGUUGUUAUUUGUUUUUUUUUUUAAUUUAUAAACUUACAAAUUUUUAAGUCAUAUUGCUAUCCUUUAAGCUUUUUAGUAUAUAUAAAUUUAAAUGAAUUAUUUUACUUAAAAAUCUAAAAAAGAGUAGUGAUUAUAUAAACAAAUACAUGUUAUUUUUAAUAAUAUAUUUUUACAUCACUAAAUUUUAAUGUUUAAGUAAUUUAUAUAGAAUUAUAGUGUUUGGUACUUGGAAAUUGUAGUUACCUCAAUAUUAUUUUGAAUAUAUAAUUAAUUUGUUAUUAUUGACAA